AAUGAAACAUAUUUCCUUAACCAGAAAUUGAAAUAUAACUAAAUAAAUAUUAGACAUCUCAUAAAUUUUUCGGAUCAUAAAUAAUCGAAUUAAUACCAUUGCAUUAUAGAAAUCUGAUACUACGAAAGAAAUCAUUGAUAUAACUAAUUAUUUUCUUGUACAAAAAGGUGAUAUAUAAUAUAAUAUUGUUUUUUUUUCAGGUACAUAAUGUUAAUAUUAUUAGUAAAUACCAUGAAGAGUAAAUCAGAAGAAUACCUGGACGCUUUAUACGACUUCGCUGAUGUUCCUGAAUUGAAUAUAGAUGAAAGUACAAGUUCAAGAAGAGCAGUAUUAAAUACACUUAUUGAUAAGAAACUAUAUGUACCAUUUAUAGUUAGCGUUGAAUUUAAAAUAAACAAGCACAAUGAUUCUACAUGUUUAUUUUCUAUAGAAAAUGACAGUGAGAUGAAGAUUGCAUUCUGUUUCACGCCGCUGGGUUCCGAUGUAAUGAAGAUCAGUCUAACAUUAAAUUCUAAAGUAGAUGUUAUAUUCCCGAGAAUAUCAAUAGAGAAGGAAACUUGGAUUAAAAUGCUAUUUUAUGUCAAAGAAGAGUCGGCUACAUUAUAUUUUGACUGCAGCAAAUUAACCGAUGUCAAUUUAGAGAAUCGAGUGGACGAUAUAUAUUUUUCGAGCGACGCAUUUAUUUAUAUAGGCCGAGCUCCGAAACGAAUACCGAAACCGGAAACUUUCAAGGGUGGUGUCAAGGAAAUUAAAUUUUACUAUGACGUAUCAGACUCAACUAUUAGUGACACACUAUGUGUUAAAAAUGAUUUCAAAUUACCAUCUAGCUUUUCGUUAAGUGAAGAAGAAGGAGAAAAGGAAGAUAAAGGUAUAAAAUCUUGUCAAUGUUCGGAAUCUGUUGUGUCAAGUUUAUUAAAGACUAUGCCUGAAAUGAGGGGACCUAAGGGAGAAUCUGGAGCUAUUGGACCGACAGGAAAACCAGGUGAUCGAGGCGAAUUAGGUCCACCAGGGCAUAAAGGGGUCAAAGGAGAUAAAGGAGAAAAGGGUAGCGAUGGUCUUUUAGGAUCAGAUGGAUCUCCGGGUCCUAAAGGUGAACCGGGGAGAGAUGGAAUUCAAGGACCUCCAGGCCCACGGGGCAUUCAAGGACCGCCAGGGGUUAUAUCUGAGGGCAUAGAAAUGAGAAAAGAAAUACCAGUAGUUGGACCAAAAGGUGAUCAGGGAUCAGUUGGUUCACCAGGUACACCUGGAAUCCAGGGCAUUCAAGGACUGAAAGGCGAAAAAGGACACGAAGGACUAAAAGGACAAAAAGGUGAAAAGGGAAAUGUAGGUGCAGCAGGCUCAAAAGGAGAAAUGGGAGAACGUGGCUUAAAAGGCAUGGAUGGUUCUCCUGGAGCUCCAGGAAAACAUGGUCGUCAUGGUGAAAGGGGUGAAAAAGGAGAAUCUGGCCAAAAAGGUGAUACUGGUGCGCCUGGCAUACCAGCAAAACUGUCUUCAAUUCUCGAUUCUAAAGACGAAGAAAAUGCUAGAAUAGUAGAAUUAUUGAGAGGUCCUAAGGGUGAUAAAGGAUCGAGUGGAGAAAAGGGCGGUACAGGAAACCCAGGUCCGCCUGGAGCACAAGGCAUCCCAGGCCGAGAUGGUCAUCAUGGACAUCACGGUUCUAAAGGUGAUAUGGGAACACCUGGAGAAACGGGGCCAAUAGGUCCAAAAGGUGUAAAAGGGGAUCGGGGUGAAAGAGGUCCACCAGGUUUGCCAGCAAAUGUGCCCGAAAUUGCACUGAAGGGUAUUGUAGGCCCAGAAGGUCCUGCUGGAAAACCUGGACCACCUGGCGAUAUGGGACCUAAAGGGUCUAAGGGUUCGAUAGGAAUAAAAGGUGAUAAGGGUGAUCGGGGACAUACCGGCCACCAUGGUCCAAUGGGGCCAACUGGACAACCGGGAAAUAAUGGCACUAAAGGUGAAAAGGGUAGUAAAGGUGACAGUGCAUCUGCAGUUGACAUUAAAAAGCUAAAAGGAGAUAAAGGCGAUAGGGGUGAAACGGGACCGCGAGGUGAACGAGGCUUAUCGGGUGCACCUGGAUCGAAUGCCACCUGCUUGACCUGUCAAAGCGAAACAGUUACUGGUCCACCUGGAUUACCUGGACCAGCUGGGCCUCCGGGACCUCCCGGUCCACCUGGACCACCCGGUCCAAGGGGCUUAUCAUUAGUAGGUCCCAAAGGUGAACCGGGUGGUAUCGUGUCACAGAAAACGUUUUUAACAUUUACAAAGGGAGAGACGAAACCAAACCUUGAGGACGAAGAUGACUGUCUGACGGCAACUACUGUAAUUUAUAAAACAACAACCGCACUUUUAAAGCGUACUUCAGUUACUCGUGAGGGUACUCUGGCUUAUGUGUUACAAGAGAGGGCUCUGUUUCUACGUAUUGAUAGAGGCUGGCAACAUGUGACAAUGGGCGCAAUCAUAGAUUCAAUUAAUAUUGUACCCCAUCGGCCUAUACCCGAAACAUACACGACCACAACUACUAGAAGAUAUCCGCAAUACAAUUCACCACAUACGGUUUCACCUUUAAAUGUUCCUUCAACAUCGAGACCUCAUAGUGAUCGAUAUAUGGCGUCUACUACAGAGUCUUCUUCCUUGACACCUAUACCACAUAGUCAAAGAAUUAGUAUGAUCGCUCUCAACGAGCCGUACUCUGGUCGCAUGCUGUUGGGUGACCGCGUCGGUUGGAAUGCCGCUAAUCGACAGUGUCACCGGCAAUCCAGGAGUAUCGGUGGUAAUUUCAGAGCAUUCCUGACGAUGGACACACUUAACCUCCGACAUAUUUGGCCUAAAAAUUACGAUCAUCUCCCAGUAACGAAUUCGUUUGGCCAAUUACUGUUCGAUUCUUGGGGAAGCAUCUUCAGUGGUUCAGGAGCACCAUUCGUUAGAGCAAAUGAGAAUAUUUUGUUUAGUUUCAACGGAAAGAAUAUUAUGAAAGAAAAUGGCACUUGGCCACUGAAAUCGGUAUGGCAUGGCAGUACUGUCACUGGUGACGUCACGCCAGACGGUUUUUGCGAUAAAUGGGAGACUGACAACCAUGGUCGCUUUGGCAUUGGAUCUUCUUUAGCCACCAAAAUGCUAUUAGGACAAGAGAGAAACAACUUAUUAAGGCGACCGCACUCCAAUGCAGAACGAAGACAAUACAGUAUUCGGCAAACGCAACAUUAA